AUGCGGGUCGCACUGCCUCAGCCGGUCCCUCGGCGCUGCUUGCGCAGUGCGAUUCCUCUUGCUGUCUUCACACUACUGCUUGUUUAUCUCUGGGCUCGGAGCCUCCGUGCCCUCUCAGGCUGCAGAUCUGGGGCCCAGUCCUGCAUUGCCAGGGAACCGCCUCCUUUCCAGGUCCGGCAACAGUCGGGACCCUUGGAGGCCCCGGAACGGGAAGAGCCUCAGUGUCUGGGCCCUCAGGGGAUGCUGGGCCGCAUGAUGAGGCCGUUCCGCGCCAGUCUGAACCCGGAAAGGGAUGUGGAGUUGUCGCAGUACCUGGCAGGAUGGAGGGAGCUAGUCCGGUUCCUAAUUCCCCUCGGCUCCAUCUUCGCCUUCGCCACAAGCGAGGCCUCCGCCAAAGUGACAGCCCUCGAGGCUCUGGUGCACGGCCCAGAGGCCGCGCACUACACGUCGCUGGCGACCAUGGUGGCGUGGGAGCGGCCCGGGAUCGCCCCACGACUCUCGGCCGGGUGCCCGGGCUCAAUGACGAUGCUCUUGCUGCACCGUGCGCUACGCUGGUCCCAGCUCUGCCUCCACCGGGUGGCUACCGGGAUGCUCGGAGGCCCGGACGCUGGCGCUCAGUGCAGCGACGCCUACGGCACGGCCCUGGCUCCGCACCACCCCUGGUUCGUCCGUCAGGCCGCUCACCUCGCAUUCCUCGCCUUCCCGAGUCGCGGCCGCUUGCUCGAGCUGGCGUGUCCGGGUUCCAAAGAGGCGGAGGCGCGGAACGCGCUGGUCCAGGCCGCGGGGACCCUAGAGGACGUCUACAACCGUACUCAGGGCUUGUUGGCCGACGGCUGCCUGCUCGAGCUGGCCUGACGCCUACUGGCCGGAGGAAGGAAGCGCCCUGGGGAGGGGUCGGUGCAGCUCCAGGUUGAGCCCUUGGCCCCGCCUCCCGGUGCCGGGGGCGUGGUCUCCAUAUACCCCGCUUCCUUGGUGACGUCACCACCCCGGAGGCUCACCUUGAUAGGGGUGGGUUUUUUAGACCCUGCCUCUAUCCGCAAUCUCCGGGAGAAGGGAGGAGCUGUGGGGAAUAAAAAGUAUUCUUUGGGA